AUGGAAAAAGUGGAUGGCACUCCCCUUGGCGAUAUAUGGUAUUCCAUGACACCAAAGGAGCAGCAUGGGAUUAUGAAACAGAUUGUCGAAUGGGAGGCACGCCUAAUGUCGUUGGAAUUUCCCGCAUUUGGAAGUCUGUACUACCACAAUGAUCUCCAGUCAGAGAAGAGGUUUCCGCUGCCUGACGAGCGCGAUGCUGCCUUCUGUAUAGGUCCAAUAGCACAUUAUAGUUGGUGGCAUGGGCAUAGGCGCGCGUUGGACCUUGAUAGGGGCCCGUGGUUGUCUUCGGUCGACAUAUUCCGGGCCGUUGGUGAACGAGAGCUGGCUUGGACUAAACACUACGCGAAACCCCGGCAACCAUAUGAGCGUCUAUAUAGGGGGAUGUACCAUUUUAGAAACCUUGCUCCGGAUGACCACCUUAAAAACCUCUGCGAUUAUCUCUCGAUGGUGCCUUAUCUUGGUUUCAAAGCUGGAACGGCGCUACACCGGCCAGUGUUGCGCCACCCUGACUUCCAGCCGAAUAACAUUCUCGUAUCCGAGAAAAAGGAAAUCCUGGGAUUCAUUGACUGGCAACAUUCCACUAUCCUGCCAUUGGGUCUUGCAGCUUGGAUACCGAAACAUUUCCAAAAUUACGGUGACCCAGAAUCAGACAAUCUCAGAGAGCCUCGGCUUGCCCUUCCAUCGAAUUAUGACAGUCUUUCGCAUACCGAGCAGGCCUUUGCUCGAGAAAUUGUUCGGAAACGAGUGGUCCAUUUCCUCUACGCUGCGUUUACUAAGCGGAUGAAUGAGGAACACUACGAUGCGAUAUUCGACAACCCUACUAUACUACGUCAGCGGCUUUUUAAGGGUGCAGGAACGCCCUGGGAAGGUGAUUCAGUUACACUGAGGGCUGAGAUGAUACGCAUCAUUCAGAAUUGGACCCAGUUCUCGGCGGAUUCCGGGGUAAAUGGUAGCGGGGCGUGCUCUACUCCCCCUGUCGAGUACUCAGAAAAGGUUGUUCAAGACACGCUUGCCCUUGAUAUGCGCCAAAAAGAAGCAGAUACUGCGAUGGAGCAAAUGCAAGAGGCACUGGGUGUCGAUGCUAUGCGAUGGGUACCAAAUGAUGAAUAUGAUGCCGCGGUGGCAUGGGCGUGGGAGAUGAAAGCCCAGAUGCUCAAAGCCGCAGUUACCCCAUCUGAAGCAGCUGCAGUUAAGGACCAUUUCCCAUUUGAUGACUUUGAUGAAAACGCUUGA